AUGGCCAUACCUCGUGUUCUGUUGACGGGCGUCAAUGGAUUCAUUGGAAGCCAUCUCCUCUCUCUCUUCUUGGAAAAGUCAUGCUUCGUGCAAGCCGUGGUCAGAUCUGAAGCCAAAGCGAAGAGAGUCAUGAACGACUUCCGCGACUUUGAAAGAUCCAGCCUCGACUUCUCGGUAGUGCCCGACAUCACAGCGCCAGGGGCUUUUGACCAGUACAUCAAGAACGCCCAACCUCUCGACGUGAUUAUUCACGCUGCUUCCCCGUUCAACUAUACCGAAGCCAAGACACCUUCCGAUUUCAUCAAUUCAUCAAGUCCAUGUCGAUGUUCGAGUAGGCCAUCACGGAAUCCUGAGGCCGUGGCUUCAUUUGCUCCCGAGGUUGGGCGCCGUCGAUUUCUCGUCACGCCGGGCAGCAAUAGCAACCAGGAGACAUGCGAUAUUUUGAGAAAGGAGUUUCCGGAGCUGGAUGACAAGAUCCCGCUCGGGCGUCCAGGUCAGCAUGCCUUACCUGCAGGCUCUUUCAAGAUCGACAAUUCGUCGUCGCAAAAGGAGUUAGGUGUCACAUAUCAACCGUUUGAGACGACUGUCGCAGAUACAGCGAGGGAUCUGCUGGAGGUGGAAAAGACGCUGACUGCAAAGGCAUAA